GAAAAGGGAGGAAAACGAAAACAUUACCACAGGUCAUUGACAGUUAAUACGAUUAUGAAUCCAAUAUCAGAAAGGCUGUAAUUGAUUAAGUGAUCCAGAGCUACAUGUCGCAAUCCGGAGUGACAUUAUUUACACAGAAACCACCGGUGGGAUUAGCCACUUCCAUUCCAAAUGUCCUGCAUGAGCCAGUGUUGAGGGUUGCCCUGGAGCAUGUGGGCCCCACAAUGCUCCCUGGGGCUACCACGGCAAACAAAAGCAUACCUAUACCUGACAUUGUACUUACACGUCCCAUCUGUCAGGAUAUACUGUAUGACGAUAUAGCAGAUUCAAGGGUACGAGUAUGGGAUCUGAUUAUCCUGGUACCAAAUGCUGUCUUCCUAGCAUUUUUAUUAGUGAAACUUGGGAGUGCAGUAUCCAAACUGAGGCACACUAACAGCCCAAUAUUUACAGCGUUCUACAUGCUGGUGUUGUCAGUUGCAGUCAUCAGUGUACUGAGGUGUAUAGUGUCUAUGACAGUUAAUGCAUCUGUCCUGGCUGGUGAUAUUGCAGACAAGGUGCUGUGGUUAAUUUUGCGAUUCUUCCUACUGGCCACUGAGCUGUCCAUUGUGAUAUUUGGACUGGCCUUUGGUCACCUGGACAGUAAACGGAGUAUCCAGAGAGUACUGGCAGUCACAUCGUGUAUAGCUCUGCUGUACUCAUGUACACAGGGCACACUGGAGUUUACAUACCCAGACCCAAACUUUCAGGUGAAGCAGAGUCCCAACAGCACGAUACAGGACUAUGACAUAUUUGGCCACGGAGGCAUGAUCUUCUGGCUCACCAGCUCUCUGUUCUUCUUUCUGGUGUACACAGUGAUAUUUCUCCUGCCAUGGACAAGUCUGAGGGAAAAGCUGGCUCUUCCACCCAAGAGGUCGUUCUAUCGAUAUGCAGCAUUCCUGGCUGCCCUGAACGCUGCCCAAGCUGUAGGUAGUGCCCUCAUCUACAGCUCCAUACAAAACGGAAUGUGUGUGGUGGAUGUUACAACUUAUAUUUAUUUUACCUGUUUUGCUCCUGUUGUGUACCUGGUUUUUCUGAGAAAAUUUUUCAGAAUGUCACAGCCAAGCAUCCUUUUCUCCUAUAAGAAUCAGGUAGACGAUGCCCCAGAAGAGGAUACGGUAAGUAUGCCGUAUCAGGCUACAGCCAGGAUGGACGACACGGACAGCAUUGCAGGAAGUUAUGACAGUACACACUUCGACCGUAACACACACUUUCAGAAAAUUCUUCUACCGAAUGGAUCAGGAUCUGUUAAUGUUGUAGAGGUGGAUGUCAAUCCAAACUUGGACACAUCGUCAGAGUUCUACCAAGGAUCUGCAUAACUCCUCAAUCAAAUUCAAAAACUUACAGAGUGCCAUUUUUUUUAAUUGGUAGUGCAAAAAGAAAAUGUUGUGCAUGUUGAUUAUUGAUAAAAGCAUACUAUCAGUGUUCCGAUAUAUUGUGUUGCUAUGCGAUGUUGUUCAUUGCGCUGACAUUCCUCGGUCUCCUGGACUUGCUAAAAGCUGGAUGUUUUUCUUGGCAACAUAUUCAAUCCAGUAAGCAUAUACCUUGUGAUAUUUAUAAGAAAUGUAACAUAUGGAAUUGAGUGUUUGUUCAUAUCAUAGUGUGUCAGGACAGAAAAUGAAUUAUUUUUUACUUUGAAGUGUUUUUUGUUUUUGUUUAAAUGUAAAAUAAAUUUUUUUUUUUUUUUGUUGAACCAUUUAUGUUUGAUUUUUGAAAAAAAAAUUAUGUUUAUAAUUUUGAAAUAUAAAAUAAUUAUUAUAGGACCACUUUUGGACUGAGAAAACUUACAAAAAAAUGUGAUUGUGAAAAGGAUAUGAAGAGAUUAAAUGGUUGUAUGUAAUAAAGAGAAACCAAGGUUAAUUUAUGUAAGGUGGAUGAGGAUUACGGCCGGUCGUACAGUGCGAUACAAUAUCAGUACAUGUUUAAAACAGUUCUCUAUGUAAAAUGCUUGUUGUGAAUUAUAAAAUAUUAAUUUUAAUCAUUGAAGAAAAAGAUAUGCCUUUUAUUUUGCAAAGAAAAAUUUGCUUCUUAUACCUUUAUUGUCAUUCUUUCCAAUCUUCUAGAAAAAAAAAUUUCACAAAACUUUUUAAUUCUCCUGAAAGAGAUUUAGAAUCUCAUGGUUUUCUAUGUAAAAGUCCUCAAACUUCAGUCUAGAGAUACACUAUUUCUCACCAAAAAUUCCCGGUCAAAAAUAAAUUUGAUAAUAUUUUCUUUCCAUACUGCCUUCGUUUACGAAGCCAUAGUGGCCUCUCUUUUGCUGUUAAACUAUACCUUCAGUUCUUGAGGGAGUUGGGGUGGGGGGUGGUGAUGGAGAAAGCCUGAUUUCUGAAAUGAGAUCACUAAUUGUUUGGGCAGUCAUUGAUAUUUCUGAGUUCGAGGACACCAGCAAUAUCAAUGCUGAUACAGUCUACAAGUUUGAAGAAUUAAUACAUUUUUUUUUCUAUAAUAAUUGUUCUUGUAAAGAAUGGAAACUAAAAAUGAGUUUUGGCAUCGAUUUUGUCAUAUCCUUUUCAGCCAAUAAUCUUUUAGAUUUAAAGAAAUCAAUGCCUAAUUAUAAAUAAUCAAUUUACAUUUUUUUUUCUAUUUUUAGGUUAGAUGUAGACAAAGAAAGGUUAAGAAAAUAGGAUGUUACAGUACAUUACAUCAUUGCUAUGUAUUAAUAUAUUUUCUGGUCAAUCUGUUGAUAUCACCAAUGACGGGUGUACCUUUUGUUAUUUUGUAUACAAAUUUCGUCAUUACUGGUAUAAGUUCUAAAUGUGUGUGUGUGUGUGUGUGUAAGAUGUGUGUUAUUUUUCAAUGAGAGAGCAUUCAAUAUAUUACUAGGUGGAAUGUUGUGAUGAAACAGACAUAAAGUAUCCUUUGUCAUCGCACAACAUCAUCAGUAAACCUGUACAUCCUGCAGUUCCCCUCAAUCUAUAGAAAUUGUCUGUGUUUGUCAACAAAAUAUAAUGCAUAACCAGGAUUGUUUGGUCUAUACUGUUCAGGAAUACAAAAGAUUCAUCAAAUACAUUCAAGUGUUCUUAAUAGAUAUAUAUUACAUACCAUUCAAUAAUUAUAGGCCUUUUUUGUGUACAUUAUACUAAUGUUUAACAAAUUGUUGAAUUGUAAAAUUGGUUCAGAUUCUAGUCAUCAAUCUACACGACCUAUUAUCUAGACAUCCCAAUCAGACAAGGGUAAAUGUUUUAAGUUGUUGGAAUACUUGGUGCAUUUUAAUAUGUAUAUAUUGUUUGGUGUAACAUCCUGCUUAGUACCUCGUUGAGCUUCAGUCAUAUGUUGAAAAUUAUAAUUUGUUACUUUUUCUCCUUCAUUUCAGUACUUUGAGAUAUGACAAUUUGUUAUUUUUCUCUCCUACAUUUGCUUUCUCUUCCUUUCUCCUAAGUUGAUUGUUUGUC